AUGAAGCUCUCCUGGUCAAACUCUUCUCCGGGGUGUCUUGCUGCUCUGUUGCUUCACACACUGCCCUCUUUCGCCAUAUGGCCGUUCCCUCCUAAACGGUUCAGCGGUAACGCCCUGCUCAAUGCCGGUUCAAUGGGCGUGGGUCCCGAAUCGAGCAUCAUUGCCUUCGGGGACUUCAAUGGAGAUCAGUUUCUUGAUCUGCUAGCACUGGAUUCUGACCGUCAAUCGCUUCACAUGUACCUGUGGGACCAUGAGGCGUACACGUUCAAGAGCUCAGGAGGGUUUCGACAUCCGCAACGCGUGUUCAAUGUUAUCCCGGGAGACUUCACGCAAGAUGGGAAAUUGGACCUACUCGUCUACGGGCAAUCGUCGACCUCCAGUGUUCUCUCAGUGCAGCUGUACGUUGCAAACCCGGAGGGUGGAUUUGACUUCAAGUCCAUCAGCGCAGACCCGGCCAUUUACGCGCAACCCAUUCCCAUGGACAUGAACGGUGAUCUCAAGAUUGACCUCCUAGGAACUACAUCUUCUGCGCCGUCAUCAACUUUCAAGGUCUGGCAGAACGUGUGGAACGCCUCGAGCACACGCUCAAAUGUGUUCAAUGUCGUGGACCCUGACUUCAAAGGGCAACACUGCAGGCUGGCGAACCCGCAUAGCAACGCGGCGGUGGACCUGGACGGAGAUUGUCUCGCAGAUGUCUUCUUGGUGUGUGAGGAUCCAAGCACGGGAGGGAAGUACUUCCAGAUCUGGGUGAACAAGAAGGACAACGGGUUCGAGCUGGCGCAGACUCGGUCUCUUCCCGCGGGAACACAGGCAAUCUCAUUCGCCGACAUCGAUCGAGACGGAACGCUCGACAUGAUGUUUGCGACCUGUACGUCCGUGUCGUCAUCCACUGGUAUCGGGACAACAUGUUUCAUCAAUAUCGCGUUCAACAAGCAGCUCCCUCUCUGCGCCGCAUCCACUUCGCCCAACAUUGUGAACGGCAAGCGCGUCUGCAGGUUGCCAGAGCAGCUGUGCGUGGCAGACCCUAACUUCCAGUUCGACCUCAACGAUGGUGCCGGCAACGAUGCAUUCGUUCGUAUUCCCCUGUCCGAUCUCUUCCCUCCUACCGAAAGUUCGCCAGCCCCGCCUGGGUUGCUCGUGGUUGACUCCUCCCAGAGUCCAGCAAUCCCCAUCCCGAUCAAACUCGGCGACGUGAACCAGGACGGUUUCCCUGACCUACUCAUGAUCGUCGCCACGGGCAGCAGCUCCAAGCGACAGCGGACUCCCUACCUCAUAGAGUCCAUCCCGUGUGGCAAGGGUGUUCCCGGCUGUGGUUCCAACGGGUCGGGUCGACGUGGAUGGCAGGUGGUGAGGAAGGAUGCGGACGCGCUGAUCUCGGUGCAGGACGCAAGGUCGGCGGCGUUCUUGGACAUGGACGAAGACGGGUCGCUAGACAUUAUGGUUCAGCGCACAGGGGAGCAGAAGCAGGGCAACAUUCUGUUCGUGCAAAACAACUUCUACUACGACGCGUUCUUCUUGAAGGCCAUCGUCCUCAAUGGAGCAUGCAGCACCGGGGUCUGCCCCGCUUCGAAUGGGAGCGACAAGCACCACCCCUACGGCGUCAGCUACUCCGGAGCCUCGUACAAGUACACUGUGCUCGACACGACCGGCCGACGCUCAGCGGCUCAAGUCGGACAGAUGCCGCAAGCCGCGUACCAGGCACUGCUGACGCCGUAUGUCUACUUCGGGCUCGGACGGACGAAUAAUUACAUCGAGAACCUCUUCGGCGUCAUCCCGAACUCGAAAGUAGUCAUCAUUCCGCCAAUCGAGGGCGACACGUGGAGGCGGGAGUUGUACUUGCGGCCUGGGGAGUGGAUUCCAUGGGUGACGAUCACCGUCAUCGCAGCGUUGAUCAUCCUUGCGAUUAUCGUACUUGUGCUGCAUCUGAACGAGAAGCGGGAAGACGAGCUUGAAAGACGACGCGCAUCUCACCACAUCAAUUUCGAUGCGCUGUAG